GCUUCCUCCGUGUGGGGCACGUCUAGAAGCUGUCGGGCUGCGAGUGGAGGGGGGUGAUGUGGGAUCGCCAGAUGGUGCUGCAGACACACCUGGAGGGCGCCUUGCCCCCUCCCUACCCUGAAUGGAGAUAAGGAACCCCCCCCACCCCCGCGAGCCAUGGGAGUUGGCGCGAACCCUCUAGAUCCGGUUCGGCCAGCGGUCUUCAAUCUCGUCUCCCCGUGCUCUCUCCGCAGGCUGCCGGGCGCCCGGGGGAGGCUGCGGAUCCCCGGGCCAUGGUCCAGUCUCGCCGGACCCCCGAGCGGGGGAGGGCCCGCCCCGCCCCAGCCAGCCCGGCCGCCCGCCCUUUCCCACACACCGGCCCGGGGAGGUUGAGAACUGGGCGUGGGAAAGACACCCCGGCCGGUGGUGAUGAGGACUCUGGUGCCCGCAGUGGGGCACGCCCGGCCCUAGCCCAGUGCCGAGCCCUCAGCGUGGACCGCGCUGGCCCCGGGAGCCCCCGCCGGCUCUACCUGAGCCUGCAGCAGGCCCAGCAGGACAAGGGGUGCAAGAACAAGAGUCAGGGGACGAAAGAAGAGAAGCUGCUGAAGAGGCAGGCGCCGGCCCCCGGGCGGGACCGGGAGGCGCAGGACGCUGGUGGCACCAUGAAUGUAGAGAAAGCAGGUGGGCGUCUCUUUGGCCGCGGGAGGUGCUCGAGCCUGUCGGGGCCGCCGGGUGCGGCCCCCACGGUGCAUAGGAUGGUGGAGGCCAUGGCCCAGCUGCAGGAGGACAAAGCCCAGCUGCAGGAGGAGCUGGCGGCCCUGCGGGAGAGGCUGGCCCUCCGAGACAGUGACCAGCAAGCCACCUCCACCCAGCUGCAGAACCAGGUGGAGAGCCUGAAGGAGAAGCUCAUCAGCCAGGCCCAGGAAGUGAGCCGCCUCCGAUCAGAGCUGGGCGGCACGGACCUGGAGAAGCACCGGGACCUGCUGAUGAAGGCGCAGGAGGAGGAGCGGCUCAGCCGGCGCCUGCGGGACAGCCACGAGACCAUCGCCAGCCUGCGGGCCCAGUCGCCGCCCAUCAAGUAUGUCAUCAAAACGGUGGAGGUAGAAUCGUCCAAGACCAAGCAGGCCCUCACCGAGUCCCAGACCCGGAACCAGCACCUGCAGGAGCAGGUGGCCAUGCAGAGACAGGUGCUGAAGGAGAUGGAGCAGCAGCUGCAGAGCUCGCACCAGCUGACCGCACAGCUGCGGGCCCAGAUCGCCAUGUACGAGGCGGAGCUGGAGCGGGCGCACGGGCAGAUGCUGGAGGAGAUGCAGUCCCUGGAGGAGGACAAGAACCGGGCCAUCGAGGAGGCCUUCGCCAGGGCCCAGGUGGAGAUGAAGGCCGUGCACGAGAACCUGGCAGGCGUCCGGACCAACCUGCUGACGCUGCAGCCAGCGCUGCGGACCCUCACCAGCGACUACAACGGGCUCAAGCGGCAGGUGCGCGGCUUCCCCCUGCUGCUGCAGGAGGCCCUCAAGGGCGUCAAGGCCGAGAUCGGCCAGGCCAUCGAGGAGGUCAACAGCAACAACCAGGAGCUGCUGCGCAAGUACCGCCGGGAGCUGCAGCUGCGCAAGAAAUGCCACAACGAGCUCGUGCGGCUGAAAGGCAACAUCCGGGUGAUUGCCCGUGUCCGGCCAGUCACCAAGGAGGAUGGGGACGGGCCGGAGGCGAGCAACGCGGUGACCUUCGAUCCUGACGAUGACUCCGUCAUCCACCUGCUGCACAAGGGGAAGCCUGUGUCCUUCGAGCUGGACAAGGUCUUCUCCCCGAGGGCCUCCCAGCAGGACGUCUUCCAGGAGGUGCAGGCCCUGAUCACCUCCUGCAUCGACGGGUUCAAUGUCUGCAUCUUCGCUUACGGCCAGACGGGUGCUGGCAAGACGUACACGAUGGAGGGAACCCCUGAGAACCCAGGCAUCAACCAGCGGGCCCUGCAGCUGCUCUUCUCCGAGGUGCAGGAGAAGGCCUCCGACUGGGAGUUCACCAUCACCCGUGACUGUCGUCCCCUCCACCCCCACCCCGGCAGGGACCUGCUGGGGCAGGAGCCCCAGGAGAAGCUGGAGAUCCGACUGUGCCCCGACGGCAGCGGGCAGCUGUACGUGCCAGGGCUGACGGAGUUCCGGGUGCAGAGCGUGGACGACAUCAACAAGGUGUUUGAGUUCGGCCACACCAACCGCACCACGGAGUUCACCAACCUGAACCAGCACAGCUCCCGCUCGCACGCCCUGCUCAUCGUGACCGUGCGGGGCGUGGACUGCAGCACCGGCCUCCGCACCACGGCAUGCUGCCCCUCGUUCUGUGGGGGCAGCUGCCUGGGGUGGGGAGUGAGCCCUCGUGUCCCCCAGGUGUCCCCCGUGGAGAAGAACACCAGCGAGACCCUCUACUCCCUCAAGUUUGCUGAGAGGGUGCGCUCUGUGGAGCUGGGCCCCGGGGCCCGCAGGGCGGAGCUGGGGUCCUGGUCCAGCCAAGAACACCUGGAGUGGGAGCCGGCCUGCCAGACGCCACCGGGCUCCACACGAGCCCAUUCGGCCCCCGGCUCUGGGACCUCCAGCCGCCCAGGCUCCAUCCGGAGGAGGCUGCAGCCCUCGGGGAAGUCCAGGCCGCUGCCUGUGUGAUGGACGCGUCCGCCCUGCCGAGCCAGGGGCAGGGUCUGGGUCCCGAGGCCUCACGGGCCUGCUCCCGCCUCGGCGCUGGGAGCCUGGGAGGCGGAGGCCAGAAAGGCGGCCCCUCUCGUGUCUCCCGAGAGGAGAAACAUGUUCACAAGGAACCGGUGUCUCUCGGCUGUGCUCUUGGUGCAAACGACGUGGGCUGGAAGGGCAGCCCAGACCCUCAGGGGUCCCUCGCGGGGAGGGCGGCAGUGCCGGGAGGUGGCCCUCGCCUGGGCUGGCCCACCCCUCCCAGCCUGCAGGGCGCCCUCUGCGGUGGGUGGCUGUGCCCCGGGAGGCACAGGAACCGUGGGCCGGGCUGGGUGGUGGGCACCUGGGGGCAGUCCUCCGGGGCCCGCACCGGGCAUGGGUAGUGUUGGUUGUGUACAUAGCGCGGCCUGCCUGGCGGGCGGGUUAUUUAUGGCUGGCAGGAGGCCAGGGGGCGGGGACUCUGCUGCUCCCCCAUCCGCCUGGCACCAGGCUCGCUCCUUGCUCACUGGCCUCCUGACAUUGGCUCCUCUGAAAGCCUAUUUAAGAACUUUUGGAAGCUUAGCCAUUUUUAAUAUUAAAAUAAAAGCCUUUUUACACAUG